AUGUCGGGCUUCUUUGACAAGAUAAAGAGUAAACUCAGAGGUCAAGGUGGCUCUGACACGAAACGCAAAAAGGUCUACAAUCACAUCAAAUUCGAUGUCGACCCGAAGAGUACCUGGACCUUGGUGGGAGAGCUUGGCGAUGGGUCCUUCGGCAAAGUGUACAAGGCUCAAAAUAUUAAUACCGGCAAGAUGGCCGCAGCAAAAAUUUGCGAGUGCAAAGAAGAGGAAGAGCUUGAAGACUUUGUGGUGGAAAUUGACAUUCUCGCCGAAUGUCGCCACCCCAACAUUGUCGAACUUCUAGAAGCCUAUUUUUUCGAAGGAAAUCUUUGGAUGUUGAUAGAAUUCUGCGAAGGUGGUGCAAUAGACUCCAUAAUGCUUGAUCUUGAAAAGGCUCUUACAGAGCCUCAGAUUAAAUAUGUUUGCCGAGAAAUGUGCAAGGGACUAAAGUUUCUUCAUGAAAAUAAAGUCAUUCACAGAGAUUUAAAAGCUGGGAAUGUUUUGCUAACUCUUGACGGUGAAGUAAAGAUUGCUGAUUUUGGCGUAUCGGCAAAGAAUAAAAGCACUCUACAAAAACGUGACUCUUUCAUCGGGACCCCAUACUGGAUGGCACCUGAAGUGGUCAUGUGCGAAACUUUUCGCGACAAUCCCUACGACUUUAAAGCCGAUAUUUGGUCGUUGGGAAUCACUUUGAUAGAAUUUGCUCAGAGAGAACCUCCAAAUCAUCAAAUGAGUCCGAUGCGAGUAUUGCUCAAAAUUCAAAAGGGUGAACCGCCCAAACUGGAGAACCCGUCUAUUUGGUCCAAACAAUUUAUCGACUUUAUUGCAAAGUGCCUUACAAAAGAUCCAACACAGAGGCCAACUUCUUCUGAAUUACUUUGCCAUCCAUUUUUGAAAAAUGAAAGUAAGGAGGAUAAGAAGGCCAUUUUGGCUGUGAUCAGCGAGUACAAAGCCGAGGUGUUUGAAGAAGUCGUCGUAGUUCACGAAGAAGACGACGUUAAUUUGAAAGCUAAUGUUUCCAGACAAGAAUCAGUUAGCACUGAGAACAAUGAUAAUCUUUCAGAAGAAAAGUCUGAAAUUGAAACAUCAGUUAGUUCGAUUAGCUCAGAGGAGCCACCAAGUCAAGUACAGUCUAAAAAGAAUUCCAAUCAAAAACGACCAGCUCCAAAGCCGCCUGUACUGGGGGAUACUGUGAUUUCGCCGGGGGAAUCAGAUUCAACAGGUGUGCAAAAAACGUUGUCAAAAGAAGGCAACAACAAGUCUGCUGAUAAGGAAGCUACCACUGCUGCCUCACUACGCAACAACGAGGAGAACAAUGAUCAACUUCCUGUUGACACAAAAGAGGACCCUGAACCAAGAGCGCCAGAGUCACCGACCGAUAAAGUGAUGCUGAUAAGUGCCUCGAGUAGCGCAGAGUCAAAUGGCACUGCAGCACUGCCGCCUAAAGGCGAGCCACUGUCUGAAGAGAAGGUGAAAAUAAAGGAAAACGGCAAUUACGCAUCCAAUGACAACUGCCAAGUGACAAUAUCAUCCAAUCACAGUACAAUCAUCAACACUAAUGAGAGCGCCGCGGAGGAAGAGGACAAGUCGAAUAUUUCUAUUGUCACUAUUGAGAAUGGAACCAACAUUUCCAUCAAAUCGUCGGACAUUAACAAAGUCAAGUCGACUGAUUUGGAUGAUGUUGCUAGUUUUAACAGCAAUGAUAGCUCAAUGGGUCUUGCGGUUUCAGAAAGUAAACGGGGACCCAACAAAGAGAAGAUUGUUCUCAACAACGAAUAUGUGCCACAAAAGGAGAGAAAUUUAGAACAUUCCGGAAAGGAGAACUUCACUGGAGAUCAGGAAAAGUUGUCAAGGACAAGCUCAAAUACUGAUCAAAAUAUUAAAACCACCAUCAAGGUGAACUUGAACUUGGUCUCAGAGAAGGACAACGACAGUGGUUCUAAGCAUGUAAAGCAGCAAGCUGAAACCAGCAAAGAGACCACUAAUAAUAAUAACAGCAAAUUGCUCACUCGAAUCGAUCAAGUCAACUCUCGAAAUUACGAACGCAAAAGAGUCACUCCGGAGGUGAUUUCACACAACCUACCGAGUGCAGUCAGCAAUGACCUCGACAUCCCCUCCAAUCAUGCCAAUUUAGCAAGCCAUGACCAGGCGAUCAUUCUGAGAAAGAAGCGCGAAAUGGAGCUUAAGAAUCAGAAAAAGUCCAGUCCUUCAAGCUUUAAUUCGCAAAAGAAGACGUUGACAAAAACGAGAAAGUUUAUUGUUGAUGGCGUUAUGGUGACAACAACCACUAGCAAGGUGAUUUAUGGAGAAGCUGACAAACUUCACGAAGAUCACAUUUUGAGAAAACAAGAGCUACGUGAGCUGAAGAUGCUUCAAAAGCAGGAGAAUAAGCAAGUGCAAGAUUUGGCUUACAAGUCAAUACUGUCUUAUGAAGCACUGCAGAAGAAGUUUGAAGUGGAAAUGUCUACAUUGAAACGAACUUAUGACAAUGAUUUGGAUUCACUGAUCCGCCAGCAGAAGCAGUAUGUUGAGAAGGCCGAACAGCAACAGGAACUGGAUUUGAAAGUAGCAACAAAGCGAAUCAAACAGGAGCAAGAGCGGGAGAUAAAGCAGUUUCGGGAAAGUUUGAAAAACGAACAAAAAUGGCUAAAGCAGGAGAUUGACGUCUUACCGAAAGAAAAACGCAAGGACGAGUAUAGAGCGAAAAAGGAAAACCUGGAAAUUCUUCAGACAGAUCGAGAACGCAAGUUUUUAGAAUCGCUCAACAAAAAUUUCGAAGCCACCAUUGCACGGCUGAAUCAAAGUCACAGAGAAAAGCUGGCUCUGAUGGAGAGACAGUUUUUGCAGCAAAAGCAACAGCUCUUGCGUGCUCGUGAGGCUGCCAUUUGGGAGCUCGAGGAGAGGCACCUUUACGAUAAGAAUAAUAUACUGAAGAAGCAACUGAAUGAUUCCUUUUUCCUGCAGCGACACCAAAUGGUCGUCAGACAUGAAAAGGAACUGGAUCAUGUAAAACGAAUGAACAUUAUACAGGAAGAGGAGCUGCAAAAGCGGCACGCCAUUGAGAAGCGAUCUCUGCCAAAGAGGAUCCGCUCGGAGAUGAAAACACGAGAGUUGAUGUACCGCGAAAGUCUUCGCAUCAGUAUUGCCAAUUUGGUCAAUGCCUACAAUGUGGAAGAGGAGAGGGACAAAAUGAAGCGCUUCCAGGAGAGCGAAAAGCAGCGGUACAAAUUGGAACAUCAGCGACAGGAGCAGAAGCACAGGAAGCAACUUGAAGAGCUUAAAAUCUACUGUACCCAGCUUAUUCAUGAGCUUGAAGAAAUUCACAAGGACAAAAGGAAGGCCUUGACUGAACAUGAAACGGUCAA